AGGCUGGAGCCUGGCGCCGGGCUCCGGGAGAAGGCGAUGGCCAUUGUUUCGCUCCGGGCUUCCCCCGCGUUCCUCCGGCGCUGAUUAGUGCAGCCGCGCGGGUGAUCCAGGCAGGCAAGAUGGCUGAGAUGGGCAAGGGCGUCACGGCGGGGAAAAUAGCCAGCAACAUGCAGAAGAAACUCACCCGAGCCCAGGAGAAGGUCUUACAGAAGCUCGGCAAAGCGGACGAAACAAAAGACGAGCAGUUUGAGCAGUGUGUGCAGAACUUCAACAAACAGCUGACAGAAGGCACCAAGCUGCAGAAGGAUCUCCGAACUUACCUGGCUUCUGUAAAAGCAAUGCACGAGGCCUCCAAGAAGCUGACUGAGUGCUUGCAGGAAGUGUAUGAACCGGAAUGGCCUGGGAGAGACGAUACCAACAAAAUAGCCGAGAACAAUGACCUGCUUUGGGUGGAUUUCCAUCAGAAGCUCGUGGAUCAGGCGCUUCUCACCAUGGACACUUACCUGGGCCAAUUCCCGGACAUCAAAUCUCGGAUCGCUAAGCGAGGGAGGAAGCUUGUGGAUUACGACAGCGCCAGACACCAUUUUGAAUCCCUACAAACUGCAAAGAAGAAAGACGAAACCAAAAUCGCCAAGCCUGUCUCGCUGCUUGAGAAAGCUGCGCCUCAGUGGUGCCAAGGAAAACUGCAAGCUCAUCUCGUUGCUCAAACUAAUCUGCUCCGAAAUCAGGCUGAAGAAGAGCUGGUGAAAGCUCAGAAGGUGUUUGAGGAGAUGAACCUCGAUCUGCAGGAGGAGCUGCCUUCGCUAUGGAAUAGUCGUGUUGGUUUCUAUGUCAACACAUUCCAGAGUAUAGCAGGCCUAGAAGAGAACUUCCAUAAAGAAAUGAGCAAGUUGAACCAAAACCUCAACGAUGUCCUGACGAGCCUAGACAAGCAGUACUCGAGCAACGCCUUCCCCAUUAAAGCACAGCCAAGAAAGAAAACUAAACUGUUCUCCAGGCUGAAGAAGAAGAUGAGCAGCGACAGUGCCCCAGCGAAAGCAAACAAAAGCCCCUCGCCUCCCCCUGACGGGACCCCCAUCACCAGCCCCGAGAUCAAGACUGUCAACCAUGAGCUGGAACCGUCCUCAUUGGAAACACCUGGGGCUGGCAUCCCUAAGUCACCGUCUCAGUUGCGGAAAGGCCCUCCGGUGCCGCCACCUCCAAAGCACACCCCCUCCAAGGAGAUCAAGCACGAGAACAUCAUCAGUCUGUUUGAUGACAAUUUUGUCCCCGAGAUAAGUGUGACCACCCCCUCGCAGCCUGAAAAGACUUCCUCGAGCAGCGUGCAGUCCGUGGAUCCGUGUCUUGCUGACAACCCUAGUGAUAGCACAUUUGCUGUGGACUGGCCCAGCCAGUCCACAGAGACCCAGCCAACACAACCAGCAGAAACGGCUCCUGCCAGUGCCGAGCCGGCUGGGACGGAAGCACCUCCUGCUAGUGCCGAAGCAUCUGGGACAGAAGCAGCAGCUGGAGCUGAAGCACCUAAAACGGAAACUGACUCAGGAUCUGCUCCUACUUCCCUGCCUGCUGUCGUCGUGGAGACGUUCCCAGCCACCGUCAAUGGCACCGAGGAGGGCAGCGCCGCCUCCGAAAGGGCGGACAUGCCUCCGGGCUUCCUGUUUAAGGUUCAGGCCAUGCAUGACUAUGCGGCCACGGACAGCGACGAGCUGCCGCUGAAGGCUGGGGACGUGGUGCUGGUGAUUCCGUUCGACAACCCGGAUGAGCAGGAUGAAGGAUGGCUGAUGGGCGUGAAAGAGGCUGACUGGCUCCAGCAUAAGGAACUUGAUCAAAGUCGAGGGGUUUUCCCGGAGAAUUUCACAGAGCGGGUGCAGUGAGAGCCCGGAGCUGCCAGCUGAUUUUUCUGCCAGAAGAAAGCAAGUUUUCUGGGAGGUGUUUUAAAAACAAAAGAAAAGAGAAUUUUAAAGGAACAUGAGCCUAAAAAAAGUGUCAACUUAAAGGUUGGAUUCUUCUUAAAGAGCAAGGUUUUAGCAGUAAAGUGAAUUCAAAAGUGUUAUUAAAAUAUAUACAUAAUAAUAAGACAGGUCAAAUGCCCCUUUCCCACUUUGAUUUGGCAGCAUUUGAAUUCCGAGGCUGAUGCAGAAGUGGCUUAGCAUGGUACCUGUAAAUGCUGUGAUGGCUGAAUUUUGGGGAUGUCAGUCUGAUACCUGAACAGGAAAGCGCCAAGGCCUAGAUCUUCAAAGGCUCCUAACUGCCACUGAAAUCAAUUUAAAGUUAGGAUCCUAAAUACCUUUGAGGAUCUGAGCCCAGCUGUCCCAUGCUCUGAGCCUGUCAGCAAAGGUACUCAUGGGUGGGUGGGUUCCGCUGUUUUGUGAUCUAGGUUGCUGGCAUGGCAUCCCUAAAGUUUCAGGCACUGCCCGUGUUACACCCUAUGAUAGGCCAAACGUCCUAUUCUGCUGUUGAAAAGACCUAUUUAGUGUACAGUGUUCACAAAUAUGAUUGUGUGUGUGUGUGUUUUGUUUUCUUCCUUUGAAGCUGUAACAUGAACUGUGAUUUUAUACGUUUAAAAGCAAACACAAGAAGUUAUCAGGAAGAGUACAUAUUGGAGUGAAAUGUGUGCAGCUGGGCUCCGUCCAAAAUUCCUCCAGCUCGGAGCUGGACGAUCGCAGCAGCACACACCGCCCCGGGAAAUUUUCUUGAGGGAAAAUUGGGAAACUGACAAAUUAAAAAGAAAGGAAAAAAUGUGAAACUUUGGAUUUGUUUAAACUAGUUGUGAAAUAAUAAGAAUAAAAAAGCCUGUUAAUAAAGCGGAAAAGUUUAGAUUCAUGUAGGCAGGGAUGGUCUUGAAAUGUGGCUGUUUAGAAAGUGCAGUUUUAAGGAAGAGGGUGGGGGAAAAGAAAGGGUGAGACAGAAUAUCCGAGACAUACCACUGAGAAAACAACUCUGCUUUCUGUGUUUCCGGUUGUGCGCUUACUUUUAUUUUCCUUUCUUGAAUUCUGCAUAUGAAGUAUCGUUAGACCUGCUUCCUCCAAUCCUGUGCUGGUGAACAAGUUGAAGUCAGAGAAAAGGGAACUGUUUGAAUACUUAUUUAAAAUUGCUGCAUGACUUUAUUAUAUUGUGAGGAGUUAGAAGACACGGGACUAUCACAGCGGCGACGUGGGGAUGAUACUCCAGGUCCUAAUACUGACACUGGGCUUCCCCACAAUUCCUUGCUCCUGUUUGGUUCUGGGAGUUUGAAACUCCCCUGCAGCCUGCUUGCUUAAAAUAAAACAGCGGGUCUUACACGUGUCACAGUCAACAGACUAGAUUCCCCAGAGAUUCUAAAGUCCCAUGGAGGUACUUUAAAUGCUACUUGAAUGCUGCUCAAGCUGGCAAGCAGAUCUGAUCUUUUGUUUUUUAAGGUCACAGCCCCCUGCCCAAACUCCUCCUCCUUUUUGCCGUGACAGGGUUGGUAUAGUUGCAGCUACCUCCUCAAUACUUAGGACACUGUAUGAAAUAACACUCUCCCCUAACAUAAGCUGGCUUUAGCAAAGCAUGCAAAAUGUUCUGGCACAGUUAAACUUCCCAAACAAACCCAUCUUUCUGAUCCUGCAUGUACAAUAUCAGGGGAAAAAAACCGUCUUGCAGGUCAAAAGGGUGUAUAUAUAUUUAAAGUUAGUGGUCAGCUUGUGAUCUCAGUGAUGCUGAUGUAAAUUCAGGAACACUGGAGUUACCCCAGAUUUACACAGUAGCGUAACUAACACCAAUAGAGUCACUCUGGAUUCACACCGGGGUAACUGAGAUCAGAAUCUGGCCCAUCUCCUCAGAUUCUCUCCAUAUUUUAUCAUCGUGUGUGAUGCGGGGGAAUUGCUACAACUGAUAUUCCUUUAUCCUUUUCCUCCUUCCAGGCCCCCGUUCCAAAAACACAAGACUAUUCAAGAGUAACUGCUCACAGCAAAGCUUUACCGUGAGCCAGCGCUGUAGAAUAUUAUCCCAUCGUUUUAAUCAGAGGUGCCUUGAGCAUCUUAACUAGCACGCUGCCCUUUCAAAAUCUCUAUUUUUAUGCCUUUGUAAACCCAGUUGCUCCUUCAAAGAACAAUGUUAGGGAAAAUUUUUUAGAGGGAUAUCUAUCUAUCUAU